AUUUCAUUUAAAUUUAUAAUAAUAUAAUUACCAUUUGUAAAAGUUGGUACUGGAUUCACUGAUAAUGAAUUAUCUACUAUUAAAUAAAUUAAGAAAUCAUUGGAUUAAAAAAUAAAAACCUAAUUAUAUCCUUAAAAUUGGAAUCGGGAAUUAAUGAUAGACUUGAUGUUUAUAUGGGCAAUCCAGCUCAUUUUAUUAUAUUUGAAGUUAAAGCUGCUGAAAUUACUAAAUCUAAUACAUUUCCUACUGAUAAUACACUUAGAUUUCCAAGAUGUUAUAAAAGUAGAAUGGAUAAAGAUUGGUAUGAAAUGAUGACCAUGUAAGAUUUAUUAAGUAUGAUUAAUGAUUCUUAAUAUUUUAAAAGUCUCAAAAGUAAAAAGUAAAAAUGAU